AGAAUUAUUUUUACUUUCAUGGUUAUUAGAUGAUAAUAUUUUACAUAAGUUUUGAGUAAUUUUUUUUUCCUUUCAACUGAAUGAAAUAGAGCAAAAUAAUCUUUGAAUUUUAUUGUUGGUGAUUGUUUUUGCAAAAAUGGCAAACAUCCCAACGGGAUUGUUGUCACACUCGCAAAAAGUUUGCCGUCUCUAUAAAGCUAUGCUUCGAAAUUAUGAUGCUUUUGCCGAUACGAAAGUUGAAUUCAGAUAUCAAGCAGUAAUUCUUAGAUCAAAAUUCGAUGCCAAUAAAAACAUUAAAGAUUUGAGAUUAGCAAAAAUAAAAUAUAACGAGGCUGUACAAUGGUUAUAUGCUAAUGAGCAUCCAAUACCAAAGAAAUUUCCCGAAUCUUUGGGUGGUUGUGCUUAUGGACGUGAGGUACUUGUUCCCGAUUGGAUAAUUGAUUGUUGGGAUCCUUGGGAAAAGGCAUUUUAUCCAAAAUACUUUGCCAAACGGGAACGAAGAAAGAAAGAAUACGUUGAGUUUUACAAAAAAACUUAUGGCGAGCCACCAAAAGAAGAUCAUCAUUAAAAAGAAAAGGGGGAAAAAAAAUUAUAAUUAUAAAUUACACGGAAAUUCCUUCCUUUUUUUGAGGAUCUAAAGAAAAAGGCUAGAAAUUUGUUAAAAAAUAGCAUUAUUUAAUUGUGAUUAAUAAAUAAAUAAAUAAUAAAAUUUAAUUCUAAAAUUAAA